AUGGAAGGGACUGUGAGGGUGUUUGUGUAUGGCACUUUGAAAAAAGGAUUUGCAAAUCACUAUCUAAUGCAGGAUGGCUUGCAUGGAGUGGUUAGGUUUCUAACAAAAGGCCAGACAAAGGAAGCUUAUCCACUGGUUGUUGGAACAGAUGCAGGUAUUCCAUUUCUGCUACCUUUGGAAGGCAAAGGAAAGGUACCACUAUAAAAAUUGAAUUAUUUUUAUUAUACUACUACAUGAGAAAUUUCUGCAAUUUGAUUGGCUUAGAGCAGUGGUAUUUCAGCUUAAUUUGAAAUACCUACAUGUGAAAAUUACAAAACCUUUGCAGGUAGUAGUAUAAACAAAUAAUAGCAUGAUUUGUACAUGAUAUUAGGCAUAAAUACCACUCGAGAUAUUUCAAAAUUACCUCAAAUUUCACACGCCUAACGACUCGUGAAAUUAUGUAUAACAAUUUCAAAAUAUCACUACAAAUCAUGCUAGCUAUUACCUAUACUAAUUAUGAAUAUAUUACCUGUAAUUCUAAUAAAACCAAAUGUUUUAUGUCCUGUUGUCAACUGAGUUGUUUAAAGAUAUCUACUGAAAAUUUGUUUGUCAACUUGGGCGAUGUGGAAAGAAGAAAAUUUUUAUGUUUCAUUAUUAGCCUCGGACCAACCUCCUUGUGGACAAAAGGACAAAUAAUCGGGCUAGUGUGAUUAAAGAGUCCAACAAAGCAGAGGAUUAGUAUGUGUAAUCAAAUGGUGACGAGUGAAAAAGGCUCGGGAAAUUAUAAGGAUUUGGACAAACGCAAGUGAAAUUAUUCCCUAAUUUCACGAGUAUGCCAUUUGAUUACCUAUUAAUAUCAUGGGUGACGAAUUACGUUCGCAAUCGAGGAUUUUUGACUUGUUUAUCCUGGAUCGUAUCGAUCGAUCAUGAACUCCACUCUCUCAAACGUUUAGAGCUAAAAUUUGGCUUAAGUUUUCAGAAUUUUUCAACCAAAUACCUCUAAGAAUCCUUCUUGAUGUUCUCUUGUGUGUUCAGGUUUUCUAAAGCGUCUUUUUGUGCCCUGACAUCUUCAUUCAUGACAUUUUAAAGCUUCCUCGCCAUCUUGAAACAGAGACGCACGGCAGGUUGCCAAGGCAAUUUAGUAAUUUCACAUGUGAAAUUACAAAUUAACGCUGAAAUUUCGCGCCAAAAUUAAGGAGUAAUUCAUCACCUAUGAUAUUAAGGAAGGAAAGGAGCCGUUUCCCCAUCUGUGACAGCACCCUGUUAUUUGUCUCUUUUCCCUUCCAAGGAGCCUGGUCCUGGGCUGUGCUUCACCCUGAAAAUCGUCUGUUAGACAAAAGUAUCUUUUUUCCUUGGUACAUUCUAAGUAUGCACACAUGUUACUGGUGCUAAUUUAGAUGACAUAACCAAGGCUAUGCUCUAAGAAAAAUUAAAGGGAGCCCAGUGCUCUGAACUUGUGAAAUCCAGUGUGCCCAGCAUAUGAUUUCUAUGAAAAAGCAAAGAUUUUCUAGUCGCCUGAGAACAAAAGAGGGUGCCACAAGCCACCGGGCUCUGCUAGAGCACAGCCUUGAUAACAUCAAGUCAAUGCCCAGGAAAAUAUCUAUUAAACAGAGUAAAAUUUCCGCUAUGUAUUAAAAAACAUGCUGCCCUGCUAUUUGCUUGGCAGUAAAUAAAUUUGCAAAUAUAUUAAUUAGCUGAUGUGUUUUCUUUUAAACAGCAAGUUCAUGGUGAAAUCUAUGAAGUGGAUCACAAUGUUCUCAGUGUGCUGGACGAAUUAGAAGGACAUCCAAACUGGUACAAGCGUACAUUGUGUGAAAUAAUAGCAACUGAAAAAGUAUCUGGAAUUGAUGCAGGAGAUGUUGUUCAGUGCUCUGCAUACUUUUUAACCAACUUUGCACAAACAUUUCUUUCCCAAGAGUUUCGUAGUGAGUAUACAGUGCAAGAACACAACCUUACAUAUACUGAAAAUAGCAACAGAAACAAGUAUUGUGAUGUUAAAUCACAGUCUCAGGAAAAAUAG